AUGCGGUGGCUGCAGAGCGCCUUUUGGCUAAGUGCCAUACUUGCAACCGGUGUGUUUGCAAAUGAUGUUAAACUGACACAGGAUAACGCCAGUCGACAACAAUGCUCUGGAAUGUACGGGAAGAAGGCUUGGGGCGGAGAUAUAAACCCGUUCAUCUUGCUAAGGAUGCAGAGUGUGAAAGAGAAGGAGAAUCCAAUUAUGAGCUUGGUUAUAUUUGAAUGGAAAGAUGAGAACUUGAUUGGACGUGACUUGAAAGCAAAGGAUGGAUCGAUACAAAAAAAGCUCAUAUGUGGCCCUCCGAGCGUUGAGGCGAAACUCUGCACCGAAAAGGAGCUUGGAUCUUUUAUCCUUGCGCCAAAUGCUACCGGCGAUGCGAAAUCCCCUCUCAUUUCACUUGCCGUGAACAUGACCGACCCCAAACCAAUAAAGUACCCAGUGUCCAAGACCGGAUUUUAUUGCGUUACUACUUACCCGUACACCGACAUGGAAUAUCAAGGUGUUGUGACCUUCAGAAACGCCUAUGGAGAACUCGCAGCUACACAGGUUCCAAAGUUGCCAUUUUACGGAGGAUUGACGAUUCUCUAUGCCCUAAUGGGAGUAUUCUGGGGGUUUUUAUAUGCCCAACAUCGGCAUGAUAUUCUGCCCGUACAAAACUACAUUACAGCAAUUAUCGUCUUCUUGGUGGUAGAACAGCUCAUAACGUGGGGAUUCUACGACUACCAAAACCGAUAUGGUGCGAAUGCUGUUUCCAAGGUUUUAAUGGUCAUUGUGUCCAUUUUAAGCGCUGGACGCAACUCAUUCUCUUUCUUCCUACUGCUCAUCGUGUGUAUGGGCUAUGGAGUAGUGAAGCCUUCCCUUGGUCGAACCAUGAUUUAUGUUCGCAUUCUAGCCAUUACUCAUUUCGUCUUCGGAGUCAUUUACUCCCUUGCCAGUCUUUCCAUAACGCCAGAUAGUGCCGGUCCAUUGGUACUUCUUGUUGUUCUUCCCCUUGCCGGCUCUCUCACUGCGUUCUACGUUUGGACCCUCAACUCUCUAAGUGCUACCAUGAAGGACCUCGUUAGCCGGAAGCAGCACGUGAAAGCGAUGAUGUAUAAGAAACUAUGGUGGUGCCUUUUGGGCAGCAUUGUCGUUAUCUUUGCAUUCUUCUUCAUUAACUCAUUUGUGUUUGCUAGCACAAAUGUAUCUGAUUUGAUUCCAGCACAGUGGAAGAGCAGAUGGUUUGUUUUAGACGGUUGGCUAAACAUUGUUUAUCUGUUCAAUAUUGCAUAUGUGUCGUACCUGUGGAGACCCACUGCCAACAAUAAACGGUUUGCUAUGAGUGAUGAGCUUGCCCAAGAGGAUGACGGGUUCGAAAUUCGUUCCGUUACUAGUUCUUUAGAUGAAGAAGAUGCCGUCGAGAAUUCGAACGGGCGUGGCAACACCCGCUCUCCUGCCGGUACAAAGGCUCAUAACGGCUCUCAACAAGUCCGCCAUUCCCUGGAUGGCGAGACUAUAUUCGCUGUUGGCGAGGAUAUGGAUAGGUGGUCUGAUGACGACAUCUCUCCAAGGAAUUCGACUGAUAGGAAGAAACUGAUACGCAAAGAUGAUUAG